GUGCUGGCCGCCUCGGACGUGGUGCUGGAGGUGCUGGACGCCCGCGACCCGCAGGGCUGCCGCAGCCGGCGCCUGGAGGCSGCCGUGAGCCGCGCGGCGCCCCGCAAGCGCCUCGUGCUCGUCCUCAACAAGAUCGACCUGGUGUCGCGCGACGUGGUGGCCAAGUGGCUCAAGUUCCUGCGCGCCGAGUUCCCCACCGUGGCCUUCAAGGCGUGCACGCAGCAGCAGAGCCGCAACCUGAAGCAGAGCCGGGGGGCGGCGGCGACGGCGCCGCAGGAGGUGCUGGCCGGCGCGGGCUGCGUGGGCGCCGACGUGCUGCUCCACGUGCUGGCCAACUACAGCCGCUCGCAGGACGUCAAGACGGCCAUUACCGUGGGCGUCGUGGGGUUCCCCAAUGUCGGCAAGAGCAGCCUCAUCAACAGCCUGAAGCGGAGCCGGGCCUGUCGCGUCGGGGCAGAGCCGGGGGUCACCAAGUGCCUGCAGGCCGUGCAGCUGGACCGGCGCCUGCGGCUGCUCGACUGCCCCGGCGUGCUGGCGGGAGGACCCGGCGCGGCGCUGCGCGGCGCCUGCCCCGGCGAGCCCAUGGCGCCCGCGGCCGCCAUCCUGCGCCGCCUGCGCCCCGACCAGGUGCGGGAGCUGUAUGGCGUGGCGCCCUGCGCCGACCCCAGGCAGACGCUGGCCCUGCUGGCGCGGCAGCAGGGCCGCCUGCGCCCGGGCGGCCUCCCCGACGCCCACGCGGCCGCCGCCGCCCUCCUGCGCGACUGGAGCAGCGGGAAGAUCCCCUACUACACCCUGCCGCCCGAGUCGCCGGCCGCCCCCGCCGUGCUGGACACCCGCAUCAUGGCCACGCUGGCGCCUGCCCUCGACCUGGAGGCCCUGGAGCGGGGCGAUGCCGAGCCCCCGCGUGCCAUGGCGCGUCGGCGCUGA